UGGGUUUUGUAUUGCGAUGAGCCGCCGGAACAGUAAUUGGGACCAGAUGAUAAGAGACAAGUGGGUGCUACUGAAUGCUACUGGCUACUGGAUACUGGAUACUGCAGUGGUUACCUUGAUCUAUGGAGCAGUAGGUGAAAGACAGCAGAGAUCUUAAGGAGAAGGAGAAAAAAUGGAAGUUUUUCAGUAAGCAAACACCCGUACAUCCAGGUGUUGAAAAGAAAAAAGAACAAGUUAAUUGGGUGUACGGGUUUCACUCGAUGAUUUAUGAUUAAACCGAGUCAGAAGUAUUAAUCAAGAUGAGCUACUCUUCUUUAUCAAGGAUGGGAUUAAACAUUACUGUGCUUAUAUCAGGAUCCGGAUCGAAUCUUCAAGCGUUGAUCGACGCGCAAGCGGCCAAUGAGUUGAAGGGGACGAUCACUCAGGUGAUUUCGUCGAGCGAUCAAGCAUAUGGAUUGACUCGAGCCCAAAAUGCAUCGAUUCCAACUAAAAGUCAUAUGUUGAAAGAAUAUUAUAAAGGAAUACCAAAGGAAGACAUAGAGAAAAGGAAAGAGAAAAGAGAGGAAUUCAAUAAACAUUUAGCCAAUUUAUUAAUCUAUGGCAAUAAGGAAGGUAGUAUUGAUUCGAACUAUGUUAAACCGGAUUUAAUUGUUUGUGCUGGAUGGAUGUUAAUAUUAUCAUCAAGUGUAUUAAAACCAUUGGAAGACGAUGGAAUUCCAAUCAUCAAUUUACAUCCCGCAUUACCAGGAGCGUUUGAUGGAACACAUGCAAUUGAAAGAGCAUGGAAAGAAGGCCAAGAAGGGAAGAUUCAAAUUGCCGGAGUAAUGAUACAUAAAGUAAUUACCCAAGUUGACAGAGGAACCCCAAUUUUAAUUAAAGAACUUGAAUUACGUAAAGAAGAAAGCUUAGAAGA